AUGAAGCAAAUCCAGAUCCUUUAUACCGUCUUCGCUAUACUGAUGCUGAUCGUUCUGGUGGCCAAUAACUGCGAUGCCGACUGCCUUUCCGGAAAAUAUAGGGGCUCCUGUCUCGCAUGGAACAAGAAAAAGUGUAGAGAUACUUGCACACGGGAAGGACGAACCGGAGGACACUGCAGCCCCAGUCUAAAAUGUUGGUGCGAAGGAUGCUAA